GCGGCCCCGUGACCAGCUCGGCCAGACGGCCUCGGCAGAGGUGAGCGCUCAGUGUGCUUCAGACCCGCGGCGCGGUGAGAGUGGCCUGCGUGGCGCGGCACGGCGGACACGCUUGGUGGUGGCUGUGUUUACUGUGCGAACUGUUGCUGUGCUGCUGCUGCUGUCAAGACGCCCCACAUGACACUCGACAUGGCCCCUGGUCUGGACCUCCACCGCCCUCCUUGAUGUCCCUCCCGCCCCUGCGGCUGGGCGGCGUGACACUUUGCGACAGCUGCAGUGCUCGUGCUGGAGAUCAUGACAACUUCUCAAGGCGUCGCCGCCCUUAAGACCCUCCGGGCGUGACUCUGAAAAGCGGCCGUGUUUGUUACUGGUGUACACAAAUGCUCGAUAUUUUUGUAUAGCCGUCACAUAUCUGUCUUGUGUAUAUUUUCUUCGCGAGAUAAGUAAUCUUGUAUCGUAGUAGUUAGGAAUGCAAAUGUUAUCAAGUGCCUCAGUGGCCUCAGACGCGCUGGUGUGACGGAGGGCAGGCCAGUCGCUCCCUGCUGCCUGCUGGGCCGGGUCAUGGCGCUCCUGCCGCUGCUGCUGGAGUGGGCCGCCCUGCUGGUGGCCCUCUCGGCUGUACGUGCCACAGAGGAAGCGCCCCUGGUGGCCGUGUACGCCGUGCGAGGCCAGACGGCGCUCCUGCCCUGCAACCUGACGUCCGGCGACCUGGAGGACCCCGUGAUCCUGGUGCUCUGGUACAAGAACGGCACCAAGACGCCCGUGUUCAGUAUGGACGCAAGGAAAAAAUCUCCAGACCAUAGGAAGCGAUUGGGGGAGAGCAGCUCGGGGCAGCGGAGGACCGGCAGCAGUCGAGCCUCAGAUGUAUUCCAGGGACGCGCCGCUCUUCGGGAGGAGGAGUGGAGCUACUCUCUGAUGGUGCGGCAGGUUGGCUUCAGCGACGAGGGGGAGUACCGGUGCAGGCUUGAUUUCCAGGCCUCCCCCACGCACAACGCCAGAGUCAGGCUGCACGUUGUGGAACUCCCGAAGCAGCUACGCAUCUACAGCCACGGCGGGGCGCUAGUCGACACUGCGGCGGCUGUGCAGGAGGCCCACCCGCUCACUCUAUCAUGCAGGGCCACAGGAGGCAUACCGCUUCCUAACGUCACUUGGUGGUCGGGGACAAAGGUGCUGGAUUCCACAGUGGAGGAGCGGCAGGAGGGAGGAGUGCUCACUACCUUCGACUCCACCACCACCGCCGCCACGAACGCCAUCACCACCCUCACGCCAAUUAGCUCCUACGUCACCAAUACGCUUCACAUCGCCGCCGUCACACGCUACCACCUGACUCACAACCUCACCUGUAGGGCAGCCAACACGCCCGUCUUCCCGCCACUCACAGCGCCCGUCCUCCUCACACAGACAGACUCACGGCCGAAAGUGAAGCUCCGGGGACCAAACGGAAGGCUGUCAGGUGGGCACCAGUACAGAUUUACCUGCGAGUCGAUUGGUGUGCGCCCUCCGCCUGUUCUCUCCUGGUGGCUCGCUGGUCAACUCCUCACCCACAAUAUUGAGAUGCGAAGCCCCAGCAAGGACUCCACCGUGUCUCAGCUGAGCAUGGUGGCAGCGGCGGCGGAUGACGGGGCGGUGUUGGAGUGUCGUUCCGGAGCCCCGACACUGCCGCACCUCACCUCCUCAGACUCCACGCGCCUCACGGUCCAUUACGUACCGGAGGCGAGCAUAAGUCUCAUGCGCUACGGACGAGAGGGCGAGACUGAGGCGCAAGAGAGCAGGUCAAGGGAGGAUGGGGACAGAGGACUAAGGGCUGGAGACUCUGCCACCCUCACCUGCACCGCUCGAGCAAACCCACCUGCCUACAACUUUACCUUUAUGUUUAACGGUCGUCCGCUCAACAGGGCGGACGUGGUGGGCGGCGGGAGGAGCCUUCGUCUACUGCAUCUUACUCAUCGUGACGCGGGGCUUUACACCUGCGUGGCCUCCAAUCCUGAGGGCGAUGGUCAGAGCAACGCCGUGGCUCUCCAUAUAGAGUACCCCCCCGUGUGUGAGUGGGAGGGAGUGCGGGAGGUGAUGGCCGUGGUGGGAGAAAUUGUAGAGAUGGAAUGUCGUGUUAGGGCGUCUCCACCUCACGUUUCGUACACCUGGGAGAGCACCUCAGCCUCGCCCUUAAAUGUGGGACAGAUUCGAGUCAAGCUGAGACACGAGGAUGAGGGACUGCGCUCCAUUGGGUUCAUCCGCGCAAAGAACAUCUCAGUCACCAUUGCUGGCAGGAAUAGAGGGCAGACGGCGGAGUGUCACGCGGAGAAUGACGUUGGCUCCGCUGACCAUCCUUGCUUCUUCAGUAUCCUGCUAAUUGAGCAGCCAAGCACGCUGAUUGGCUGUUACUAUCAUGACGUCACGACGGACUCAGCCGGUGUGACCUGCUCGCCAGGUGCCAGUGUGGGUCAGCUCCCCGAGACUUACCAUAUUGAGGUGCGCGAGGGCGGGGUGGUGGUGGCUGCCUAUAACAACACCGAGCCGCGUUUCAACCUCACUUCUUUGGCGCCGGGAAGGGACUACGUGCUGGGUAUGUUCGCCUCGCACGCUCGGGGACGCGGCCACCAGUUCACCCUCGUCAUGAAGACCCACACCCCGAAAGCAGAGCAGGUGGCGCCGGAGAGGGUGCGGCCUGCUAACCCAGUGAACAAGGGUGGGGAGGUGCCGCCUCAGCCCACGGAGUCCCCCAGGAAUGGCGGCGUGGGGGCUCCCAUCGGCAUCCUUGUGUCGGGCGUGGUGGGGGUGGUGGUGGGCGUAGCGGUGGUGGUGACGGGCGUUGUGAUCUGCCGCGCUCGCCAGGUACACACCUCCCCCUCCUCGUCCUCCUCGUCAGGGAAGGGCAACCAGUACCUGAAGACGUCCGGGGACCCGCUCAUCGAGGUUCCUCAGAGCGCCUCUUUCCACUCCGCUGCUACGUCGCCUUCCUGCGAGAUGAUGACCACCUUCGCGUCAGGCCCCGUGGUGGUGACCCAGGUAACUCCGGCCAGGCGAUCCUCCACACGCAGUCUCCACGGACGCCCUUCCACCCGCGGCGGGCCCGUACAAGUGGUGGAGGUGGAGGCUGACGGCAUUACGACGCCCACAGUGGAGAUUGAGUCCCCGUCGAGGUCGAGAGUGAGUCUGAGGGGCAGCGGCUUCACCCCGAGUGACUCAUCCACGUCGUCGGUUCGCUUCGACCUUCAUCAGAAAAAUGAAUCUGAAUCUCGAACGGAACCACUCCUGGCAUAUUCACAGUCACACCUGGAAACCCACGCCGCCUCGGAACACCCUCUCCAGAUCCCCACUGUCGCCUUAACGCAAGAAAUGCCCAAUAUCCAGCUUCACCCCACCGCCUCCCUCACCCCGGGCGGCACUCUCCCCCGCCCCGCCAAACCCUACACCACCACCCUCCCACAGACCGCCAUCCUGCACACCGCCCUGCCUCCCCCACCCCACACCAUCACCUACAGCCCGUCACCCUCACAUCCCACCGCAAACCCUUCUAAUAUUCCUCAUGUUACGCUCACCAUUCCGCACCUGCAGAGUAAUCCUGAGUCCCGGCUCCCCGUCCCCCUCCAGCACUGCCCCUCCACCACCCUGCCCCGGAACCUGACGCUCUCCCGCCUCGCCUCGCAGGUUCACUCAGCGCCUGACCCGCAGGACUACACGAGAACCUUCACCUCUCAGCCUCUCUCAGUCCCCCACGAGGCCCUCCACGUUGCCAGGGGCUUGGAGGGGAACCAGGACGCGGAGCAGCACUCUCAAGCACGUCCUCAGCCCCCCAGGGACCCCAGGGAGCCAGGCCAACCCCCAGGGACCCAUACACUCCACCAACAUUCAACAUUACCUGAGAAUAUUUCAAUAAAGCUUCACUCAACUUUUCGGUAGUCUGGCUCUUCAUUACCCUUGCUGGAGGUGCAGGAGGCGGCCAGGCUUUGGUGUGUUCUCCCUGCUAGUC